AUGGAAGUAUAUCCAAAACUUCGAGAAGGUGGUGGUGAGCUUCUCAAAAUUGCUGGAUCUACUCGCAGUCGAAGUCUGACAUUGCUCCCGUGUCCCAACCCUGGAUACACACUUGCCAAUCUGAAAGAUCCAGCUACAAUGAUUGGACAGGCUACAAUCUACAUACGCCCACUUCAACAAGACCUGCCUUUGGACUCUGAAGGUGCUCAUCGUGCCUCUGGUCCAGUCAUCUCCUGCCUCACUUGUCAGAGGGGAGUUCUUUUCUCAGAAAUGAAAGUGCACAGGGACAUCUGUAUAGGGACAUCCGUUCAGGAAUCAGAUAGGGAUGGAGAAGAAAGUCAUGGGGAGGCUUAUGUUAGGGAACCGGAUGUGGUCAGUGAGAGUUUCCCAGUAAGGCCGGAGUCAGCAGGGACAUCUGUUGCAAGUGCAGUAGUUGUGACUGACAGUGAAGAGUUUGAGCACAGAGCAUCAGACUGUGAAUGGGGGCUGAUUGAAAAUCCAGCUCAAGCUUCCAAAGUUUUCAAGGAGAGCUUACUUAUGGAACAUGCAUCUGGAAAGCCACUUAAACUAAAGAUGGAUAUGAGGGACACUGAGGAAGACCGAGAGCGUGCACUUCUGUCAUUCUAUAAACAGCAACGUGAAUGGGCAUGUCCUCUUCAAUGUGCCCUUGAUGGGGAUGCUGCUGUUGGACAGGGAGUGGUGCGAUAUUUUCUGACAACAAUAAUAUCCAAACUUCAGUUUGGAUUCAGUCUAAAUCUCGGUGGCACAGGUCGAACGCUGUUAUUUGAGGGUCAGCCUGACCACCUCGUUCCAGCCACAUCAGAGGCCCUUAUUGAAAGCAAUCUCUUCCAGGUUGCUGGAAGGAUGUUGGCUCAUUCCUUCUUGCAUGAUGGCCCAUGUGUGACAGGAUUAAGUCCGGCUAUAAUCCAUGUGUUGUUCAAUGGGGACCCAGAAAUUGCAACAAUUGUCACAGAAGACUGUCCCGAUCUACACAUCAGGAGCAUAAUAGAAAUGCUUGAAACUGAAGAACUUACUCAGGAGCAGGAGGACACUGUCUCAAAUCUAUCCAUGUCGUGGGAUCUUCCAGCAGUCACAAAAACAAAUAGGAGAUGGCUACAGAACAAACUGUUGGUCCAUGCUGUAAGUUCAUGCUACUAG